GAAGGUGAGAGGCAUACACAGAGCUGGAGGCGGGAGGAGAUUCUUGGAGAAGGAAACAGGGGUAAAAGGAAGCAUUUGUAGAAAGGAAGGCAGAAGUCUGGCAACAAGCUGGAGGCUGCAGCUGUGAAAGGCACACAGGAAGCAAUCAAUAGGACUCAAGAAGACCAAAGACAAUCAACUUCUGAAGCAAAGCCUGUGGAAAUGUUAGAGAAUCUUGUGAAUUUGGACAGCUGUACUCACAGCUGGGAUCCCUCAUGCUGACCUGUCUCUAUGCUUUGUGAAAAUAAAUAUAAUAAACCCAAAUCUGAAGAAUUACCUCUAAUAUGACAUAUAUUACCUGGCUUCCAGUACUUUAUGGGGAUUAAAUGGGAUUAGACUGUGUUUGCAAAGAGUUACUGCAAAGAGCAAAAUCAAUUAAACUUGUUCUGGAUUGGCAAGGGAUCUGAUACAUUGCCUCCAAUGCAGAGGCUAAAGGGGUGAGAGGCAAAGGCUGGUCCUGAACGGGUAUUUUAGGGCUGGUCUUUCUUGUAAAGCGUAAGUGUGAGAGGGUAUUGCCUUGGGCUCAGAGCUUUCAUAAUUCCUUAUCACUGGAGACAGCUUGCCUACAAGGGAGUUUAGAAGGUCUGUGCAGCUUUCUGUUUGUGGCUGAUACAAGAUCAAACUGUCUGGUGGGGCACUGGGAAGCAGGGUUGCUUCAGGCUGCUAGGGCAGCUCUAACCUCCUGUUACUAAGGAGGUAAAUUUGCAGGCUCUUCUGCACCUCUGCAGCUCCUUGUGGCAAGAGUUGUGAGAGCAGCUCUCCCUCCAUACGGGUAUGUGACCCUGCUCCUGGGCUGGAGGCAGAUUCUGAGCACACAGCUGGAUAUUGUAUAAACUUCUUACCAAGGACACGUCUCCAGUUCUGGAACACGUAAACAGAAAGAUAAGGGUGUCAGUCAUUUGACAGCUCUUCGAUAAUAAAGAAGUCACCAAGAAGUUGACCUCAAACUUAGGUCUUCACAGCUGGAAAAAUCCCCUCAGCUUCUCUAAGGAAGAUCAGCGAGUCUGUUGGGAUCAAGAAGUGAGGAAAACCAUCAAGCCUUACAGCAAGGAUAUUUUUGUACACUGUUUAUCUGUACCCUAACAAAAAAGAGGAAUGGUCUGUAACAGAAACUGUGGGCUCCUCACAGGGGCCAUCAUCGGUGGUGUACUGGCCAUCCUUGGAGGAGUUCUAAUACCAGUCGGAGAUCAUCUUAUAGGCAAAGCAGUAAAAAAGGAAGCUGUCAUUGUCAAUGGUUCCGCUGCUUAUCAAAAUUGGCUUGUGCCAGGAAGCACAGUUUACAGGGAAUUUUGGAUUUUCCAUGUGUUAAAUCCUUCAGAGGUUAUCAAUGGGUCUAAACCAAAAUUUGAACAAAGAGGACCUUACACAUACAGGGUGCGAUAUUUACCCAAAGAAAAUGUCAUGGAAGGUCAGAAUGGCACAAUAUCCUACAUGUUGCCUAAUGUUGCUAGUUUUGUACCUGAUAUGUCUGUUGGGCCAGAAAAUGACAACGUAACCGUCCUCAAUCUCGCCAUUGCAGCUCUACCUGCCGUGAUCCCAGGUUUUAUGCACACAAUGAUAAACGCUUUGAUUUCUCCCAACACAACCAUACUGCAGAACAGAACCAUCAAAGAAAUACUGUGGGGAUACAAAGACCCCUUCUUAGAAAAUAUCAGCUUAUUUGGAGUGAAAGCAACUGUGGGAGUCUUCUACCCAUAUAAUGGGACAAGCGAUGGACCUUACAAUGUGUAUACCGGGACAGAAGAUAUUACAAAAACAGCAAUAAUUGAAAGCUAUAAAAAUAAAAGGACUCUUUCAUACUGGGAAGGUCACUGUGAUAUGAUUAAUGGCACAGAUGGAGCAUCCUUCCCACCUUUUGUUAAGAAGGAUCAGGUACUUCGCUUCUUCUCCUCUGAUAUUUGCAGAUCAAUCUAUGGAGUUUUCUCCGAGAAGCAGGUUGUGAAGGGAAUCACACUGUACCGUUUCAUAGUUCCUCGUGAAGCAUUUGCAUCACCAACUGAAGUUGGAGACAAUUAUUGCUUCUGCACGGAUCGAGAAAUAUCAGAGAACUGCACAUUAGCUGGAGUCCUGGACAUCAGUGCCUGCAAAGCAAAAAGACCGGUAUAUAUCUCUCUUCCUCAUUUUCUUCAUGCAAGCAAAUCUAUAUUGGAUAAUGUGGAAGGCCUGAGCCCAAAUGAAAAGGAGCAUGAGACAUAUCUAGACAUAGAGCCUGUGACUGGUUUUACACUACGUUUUGCAAAAAGGCUGCAAGUAAACCUCCUUGUGAGGCCUUCAAAAAUUAAGCCUUUAGAAAAAAUUAAAAAACCCUAUGUGUUCCCUCUUCUUUGGCUAAAUGAGUCUGCUGUUAUUGGGGAUGAGAAAGCAGAAAUGUUCAGAACUAAAAUCUCCGGUCGGCUCCAGAUGCUGAGCAUGCUGCAGAUGGCGUUAAUCAUUGGAGGCUCUGUGCUGUUCCUGGCGUUCAUGGGCUCCUACUUCAUAUGCAGGUCAAAGAAAUUAAAAUAAGUGAAAAGACUUCAGAAGCAGUCAAUGUUUAAUUGAAAUUUCAGCUAAGCAGCUUGUUAAAAUUCAGAGACAAAAGGUAUGAUUCAAGACACAGUCAAUCCAUGUGCUGUGGAAUUCAGCAUGUUUUUCCAUUUUGAGAAGACCAGCUUACUAACCCAAAUAAGCUGAAGUUUUUGAAGAUCCACAAUUCUGACAUCACUAAAUAAGCCACUGUGGAAACUACACUAUCAAAAGACUUUGAAACUUUUUACACAUUUUAAAUUGCAUUCAAGCAGACUGAAGUUGAGGUGCAGUUGGAUUUUAGUCCACCUUCUGCCAUUAUGCAACUUGCUACACAUUUUCUUCUGGAUUUGCAAGAAAAAUGAAAGCCGCUUGCUGAUGUUCCAUCUCUGAGCACAGACUGGGAAUGAAAACAAUUUGGAACUCAUGCUGUGUUCUAGAUGCUCUCAUUGCAAUAUUUCUCUCUGUUCCUUCAAGGAAUGGAAGCUGCUGCAAUAGAACUGCUCUCUGUCCUCUAUUCAGGGAUGUGAAUUGCAUUGAAUGUGAAGUUUAUUAUGUAAAGUUACUAACUGUAAUACAUGAAGUUUAUAAAAACUUACUAAAAUAUGUGGUUCAUACAUUUUAUAUGGAGAUGGCUCAUAGAUACACCACAGUCAUCCAUAUGUUGAUUGGAGCUCACUGACAUGUGGCUCCACAGCUGUUUAUUAAUCUGGACCACUCCCUAACUUCCAACCUGCUCCACUGCUCUUCCUGUCGCCUUCUGUGAGCUUUUAUUUCUGGCUCUUGUUUGAACACCAGCUUCUGCAAUGCACUAAGCCCACUUGGCCCACUUCUCCCUUGGAGAAUGAUCUGUCCCGUGACAGGCCAAGAGAAAAUAUUCCAAAAUGCUUCAGAGACAGGAAAGACUGAGACAAUGAUUUUGAUCAAACAUCAGAGGGUUCCACUUGCUAUAGAGGCACACAAAUGAAAACAGGUAGCACCAAUUAAUUACUGAUAAACCAUCUGCCACAAGGAAAUUUGCGAAACCAUUUGUUUAAUGAGGUGUAUCAGCCUGUAGACAGGUAGCAAACACUGACAUCUCCAUAAAUCAUUGACGUUUUCAAUUUAUCUGAAUGCUGUAUUUUAUUCUGAGAGUAAAUGGGGCAAAUAUGGAGUGUUGUGAAAUCUCUUUCCAUGGAUUCAAUAAAUUCAGAUCAAGAGCCUAAGUUCAGCAUUUUCUAAGAUUUCUUUUCGAAUCUUUUAUCCCCUUAUUUAAGAUAAGAAAAGAAAAGAAAAAGGGAAAUCAAACAUUUCCCUUGAGAGGCCAGCCUCUCAUAUCCUGCUGUUUGGAAACAAUGCUACAGUGGACUUUAAACAAGAAAGGUUUAUCUUGCUAUUAAAGGACAAUGUCUUUGGCUGGGUGUCUUUAUUAAGGUGUUCUUACCUUUGGAAAUAAAGGGAAAAUCAACUGAUUAUAAUGCUGGUGUUUUAUUCCAUUGUUCCUCAUGGACAAAGUCUUACAGCAAUCAGUAGAGCUGAUGAGUCACAGAAAUCCCAAUAUAUUAUUCUUGAAGGUGAGGCACAUGGCUGCACUCUCCUUCCAGCUGUGAGCUGGAGCUGCCAGCUAGCAGGGCAGCUGGUGUGACACUCGAGGGAAGGGCUGCUCUCAGUCUGUGUAUUUGACUACUCAUGGUGCUGGCUAGUCAAUGAAAAACACCUUUCUCUCACAUCCACAUUAUUGCUGGUGUCAUAUGUGAUGCUCUGUUCCCAUAUUAGUCUGGGGACAAUUUGGCACAACUGAAGCCAUCCCUAGAGUCCUAUUGACUUGUCAAAAAUUGUGAGGACAGCUAAAGUAAUUUAAGCACAUCUCUGAGACAAACACAGCUCUGCUGUGGUUCAAGAUCUGACAGCAACUUUUUAUAACAAAAUGUCCUUUGUGUCAGGAUUUAACAUGAAAGGAACAACUGCAGUGUUCCUGUAGUUUUUGAUAUGCUAAUAUUUCAGCUUCAUUUUAUUUCACUUCAAGUACAUUGUCAGUUAGUGUUUGCUUUACCAGUGCUCUUUAGUACUAUGUGGUGCUCCAGCAGCAGUGAUCCAGCAAGUCAGGCCAUGAUUUUAAAUAUCUCAGGGCCAAAUUUUAUAUGGACAAUUUUAUAUAGAACUAUGUUUGUCCAUAUGCAUAAUCUCAUUGAUUUCAAUGCAGGUUUGGAUUUUAAACUAUGUCCAGCACCUAGACUGCACUUGAAUUGUAAUUUGUAGUUCUUUAUCCAAAGCAUCAGUUACAGUUAUUGUUAAUUUAUGAUACUAAGGCUAAUGUUAAGUAUUUACAUUUGUUCACACAGUGCAGGGUAAACUGUCAUUAGAAACAUUAAUGAAAAUACAAAUAAAAUAAAGCUCAAAUUUUUUUUUUCUGAUAUCCUUAUGUUUAAUUGUAAAUAAAAACUUCUGUGUUGAAUAAUGAA